GCUCUUCUUCUUCUUUCUUCCCUUUGCAGCCACCCGAAAGAAAAAAAAAAGGGAAACCCAGCCAUGCCUUGGAAAACCGGUGAGAAAGCUUGGUUUUUGGCCUUCUUUUCUUGCUCUAGAACACAAAUUGAACCCAGAAAUUCUCCCCCCUGCUGGAAAAUCCGGAUCUGCCUUGCUCUGUCCGCCGGCUGCUCUUGUUGUGGGGGCAAAUUGCUUGGGUUUUGGAAUUUUGAUAGAUUUCCCGUGAGCUUUCUUCUUCCAUGCCGUCGGCCUUUCCCCAAUCUGCAGCUUCGGUUUUAGCUGGAGAAUUAUGGUAUGUGACAGCCUUUUAAGGCUUAAAUUGUUCAUUUAGUUUGCUGGCUGUGUAUGUCCAAAUUUUGCUAGGAAAAUGGGGAUAAUUUUGGUAGCUUUAGGAUGAAGUUUAAGUAUUAAUUCAAGUGGGAUUUAUAUGAUUGAGUGUUAAUUGUCUGCUGUGUGAUUUUUGGAGAAAAUCCCGUGAAUUAGCUAGUGUUUUGGCCUUUUUUUUGGAAGUUAAAGUUACUGUUCACGUCGUGGUACCAAGGUUGUUAAAAUCGAGAUUUUAACUAAGAUGUAAAGGAGAGAUAAGAUCGUGAAUGGUAAAAUCGCAAAUAGAAUUGUAAGAUUUUA